GAUGUCUGGGCUGAAGAGUGGAUUUUAAAGAUGGCCGGAGCGGCUCCCGUCUACUGUGUCUGCCGGCAGCCGUACGAUGUGAGCCGGUUUAUGAUCGAGUGCGACAUCUGCAAGGACUGGUUCCAUAGCAGCUGUGUAAAAGUUGAGGAACAUCAGGCGGCAGAUAUUGACUUCUACCACUGUCCGAACUGCGAAGUGCUUCACGGGCCCUCCCAGUUAAAGAAGAGGAGGAACUGGCAUAGACAUGACUACACCGAGCCAGAAGAUGGCACAAAGCCAGUGCAAGCAGGAACGAGGACCUUUGUGCAGCAACUCCGAGCCCGGUCCUUCCCAAGCGCUGAUGAUAUUAUUUUGCGGAUGAACGGCAACCAGCUGACACAGCGGUACUUGGAGAAGCAUGGAUUCAACAGUCCAAUCAUCGUGCCACAGAUGGACGGCCUAGGCCUCAGACUACCAUCGCCCACUUUCUCAGUUAUGGACGUGGAGCGCUAUGUUGGUGGAGAUAAGAUCAUUGAGGUCAUAGAUGUGGCGAGGCAAGCUGACGGCAAGAUGAAGCUCCGAAACUUUGUAAAAUACUUCAUGAAUCCCGACCGACCCAAAGUAUUAAAUGUCAUAAGCCUGGAGUUCUCUGACACCAAGAUGUCUGAGUUGGUUAAAGUACCAGACAUUGGUAAACAACUGUCUUGGGUAGAGAAUUACUGGCCUGAUGACUCCGUCUUCACGAAGCCCUUUGUUCAAAAGUAUUGUCUGAUGGGAGUGGAGGACAGCUACACUGAUUUUCACAUAGACUUUGGUGGCACUUCUGUCUGGUAUCAUGUCCUAUGGGGGGAAAAAAUUUUCUACUUGAUAAAGCCCACAGAUGAAAACCUGGCACUGUAUGAAUCGUGGAGCUCUUCAGUUACCCAAAGUGAAGAGUUUUUUGGGGACAAAGUUGAUAACUGUUACAAGUGUGUGGUCAAACAGGGGCAUACACUCUUUCUCCCAACAGGCUGGAUUCACGCUGUCCUCACCUCUCAGGAUUGCAUGGCCUUUGGUGGGAACUUUCUGCACAACCUAAACAUUGGCAUGCAGCUCAGGUGUUAUGAGAUGGAAAAAAGACUGAAGACCCCGGAUCUCUUCAAGUUCCCUUUCUUUGAAGCAAUUUGUUGGUUUGUGGCCAAAAACCUACUUGAAACUUUGAAAGAGCUAAGAGAAGAUGGCUUUCAUCCUCCAAACUAUUUAAAGCAUGGUGUGAAGGCAUUAAUUUCUGCUUUAAAGAGCUGGAUGAAAAAAGAAUCUGUAGCAGAACAUGCUUUUGAAAUCCCAGAAAACAUCAGACCCGGGAAUCUUGUUAAAGAGCUUUCUAAAAUAAUUCGCACUGUUGAGGAGGAGGGGAGCAAGCCAGUCAAAUCUCAGGUAAUUCAUGGGCUGUGUCCACUCUCCCGAUCCCCACACGAUAAGUCAUCUCAUCAUUCCAAGCGGAAAGCAAGGCGGCUGCGGGACCAUACGAACAAAGCCCCCUCAAAUCUUGAUAUCCUGGAGCAUCAUACUCGGGAGGUGUUGAAAAGGUUGGAGAUGUCUCCCUGGCAGGAGGAUAUGGGAACUUAUAAAUUGAAUAUGAAAUCGCUACAGCCAUCAUCCAUGAUGCUGGACAAAAAGAUGAAAGACAAUGACUUCCAUCUGCUACUUUCCAGUGGAAGAAUAGUAGGAGAUGAGAGACAAACGUUCACUGACCGGAGUCUUUACACUGCGGAUAGCGAGGAUGAAGAUGAUCGGGCUAGAUUGAAAAAGACAGAGGACAUCAAAUUGGAGAAGCCAUGCUCCAGUUCGGAGGCAGAUGAUAAAGCUGAAAAUCAGAAACCACUAAAUAUGUUUUUUGAAAGUGUCAAGUCAGAGCUCAGGUACAGACCCACAGAAUAUUCCGAUAUCUCCGAUUCUGAAGGAUCCGAAGCCAAUUGCACUAACCAGAAAAGCGCCUCAGAGGAUUCGGACAGCUCAGGUGAUGAGCAGCUGCGGGAAGAGACACCUGAUCUCAAGGAAGAGGACACGGAGGCAACCUGUUAUGAUGAUCACUGCUGGUCUCCUGGUGAAACUCCACAAAAAAGUGAGUUUCCUAGGUCAACCAGCAUGGUGGAGGAUGCAGUUGAGGGCAUGCUUACAAUGGCAUCUUUGCACUACCCCUCUCAGACCCCAGCAGAAGCAAGAAGCCCAGGCUGCAAAAUGGGUCUUGUUUAUCCUCAGUUGCACAUCAAAUUCUCUCAGAAGGACUCUCAAGAGCCAAAAUUGGUGAACAAUGGUCACCAUGGCAGUGAGGACACAGGGCUGACCACUUCAGAUUGGAUUAGUCAGAUGAAUUCGUCUUGCGGGUUGGAUCCUCAGGACUUCUGCAAAGCUGCAAAAUCUCAGAGGCAUGAACAUUCUUCAGAUUCCAGCAGACACACUCUCAAGAUAAAACACUAUUCAGAAAGUAAAGGCUGGGACUCUCCAAGAUACCACCACGAUGAUAAAUCUGACCAGGAGGGCAGCCUAAGUCCUGGGGGCUGUGACUUUAGCGAAGGAAGCUUGAGUCCAGAUAGGAUAUAUGGAGACACUUCACCAACUGUGCCCCUGCACCCAACAAAGAGACCUGCCUCAAACCCACCCCCUAUUAGUAACCAGGCAACUAAAGGUAAAAGGCCAAAGAAGGGCAUGGCAACUGCCAAGCAACGCCUGGGUAAAAUACUGAAGCUCAAUCGACAUGGUCACACACGCUUCUUUGUUUGAUGCUCAUGUUCUUGCUGGUUUUCAUUCAUACAACAGUAUUGAGGAGAGCAGAGGCCUGGAGCCUUUUGCCUUUCUUCUACCAAGGGUAGAAGUAUCACACCAUACACUGCCUGAUGAACAAAGAUAGUUUAUGUUGGUUUUUAUUUUAAUUUUCAUGUAUUUUGCUUUAACUGUGCCACACCCACUCAGCAAUAACCGGAGGAGAUCCAGGAUUCUUGUGUGGUAGUUGGACCUUUCUACCUUUUGGAAUUGGAAUCAAAUUUUGUUUUCUCUUCUAAUUGUUCUCUGAAUUUUUACUUUGUGCAGCUGGGGAUGGAUGGCAGCGGAGGGCACGCAAGGUGCUUUGUGUUCUUCAAUAAUUUAUUGAAACAGAAUUUUUUUUUUUUUUAAGAUUAUUUUUUUUUUGCUUCCAGAAAAUCUUUUUUUCUCAUUUUUAAUUAUUUAUUUCAGAGAAUUUCUGAGGGUCGUAAUAAUUUUUUUAGAUUUUAAAUAAUGUGAAUUUUUUUUCUGUCUGUAAUUUUUUUUAUGUCUAAUAUAUAUAUUUUUUAUUUCCAUGUAAUGAAUGGGAGGGCAGCAAAUUUGAGGAGAUUUGUUUUCUUUUACUUGAUAUUCAGGAUGUAGUCUUAAACAGGGAUUUGAUGCAUUUUUUAUUCUUUGUAAAUAACAUCAAAUGCUAUUUUAUUUGCUGUUUUUAAGCAUUUUAAUAUUUUUUUUAUUUUUUUUUUGCUGUUCAUUAUUUUUUUCAAUUGUUUGUAAUCUUGUAAGCUAUUGGCAGUGUCAUGGCCAAGCAAAAAGUCAACACUGUAUUUUAUUAAUAGGUGGGAGAUGAUCUUUUUCUGGAGAUUACGCUAUGAUCUUCCUGGGAGAUACAAGGGCUAAGCUAAUUUUGCUCUUUUUAUUUUUGAUUUUUUUGUUUGUAUUCUUUUUUUACAAGUCCUUUUUAGCAUAUUUUGUCCUACAUUUUCUUUGUAUUCAUAGGGUGUACAGUUUUAUGCUAGAAAGAGUUGGUUUCUGUUAUAGAAUGUUAUCUUUAAUUCAUUUGUGGGCUUUAUACUUUUUAUUUAUUUUUCGGUGUACUCUUGCAAAUACUCUCCUUAAUAUUGCAGUCUUACUGUAAGGAAAUGCAUUGAGCUAACUGGUAAAGUCAAUCUGCUUUAUUUGGAGUCUUGCGUUUGGGGUUUCCGGAUUAUAAUUUUAAUUUUAUUUUUUUUUUUUUUUUAUAUAAAAGCUUUAUUGAUCUAGACAUUGCAUCAAACACGCAGCCUUUCAAUAAAACUACAUGGAUCUCAGGGUAAAUGAAUUUGGAAGAUGGCAGAAAGGUGGCAGGUACCUGUUGUCAGGUUAUAUCAGGCCCAUCACUUAUCUUCCAUACCCCACCCCUCCUUGGCAUUAAAUGUUCCACCAUUGGCUCAUGGGGAAAAAGAACUUUAUUACAUUGAGCCUAUUUCAUUUGUUGUAUAGGUUACAUUUUUCUGUGUUUUUUAUUUUUUUUUGUUUUUUAUUUUUUUGUUUCUGUAUAUGUAUGCAUCAACUUCGUACCUUUUUCUGUGCCAGUCUCCGCAAUUGAAAACAAAUGCCGGUUUUGAUUCACUUGUAUAUAAAGCCGAUUCUAGAUUUUGUAUUUCUUGUAAUAUAAAAUUAAAUAUUUAACAUUUUCCUCUUUUUUAUUUUUAUUUUAUGUCUGUAUUAUGUAUUCUUUUCACUGUGUCUUGACAAUGGAUAGUAAUUCAGUGAUUCCAGGGAAAAAAAAUAAAAUCAAUGCCACCAUUCACUUCAUUAAUGAUACCAGCAAGUUAAAAAGCCAUUGAGAGCUUUCAUGGCUCAAGUUUACGGUUUUCUCACUGAAGCCGCAAUUCAGGCAUUUUUACCUAUUCCCCCCAACAUAGAUAUUGAUUAAAUUUUUAAUUUUAUUAUUUAUUUAUUUUUGCUUCAUUUAAGAUAAAAACGUGGUCAGAAAGGCCAUGUCAAAUAUGGACAUUCUCCAUAUCACAAGGUGAACCAUCCCAAAAUUUAAUCUUCCUCUCAAACUUGCUAGAAAAAAAAAACAAAAUUUUAUUACCCUACACUUUUUAUGUAAUUGGCAAUUUCUUCUCUUUAUGUGAACAUUUUUAUUUGUGUGAGCUUUCUUGGGGGAAGAAAAAGCCAAACACCAAAGAAAUCUAUUCUCCAAGAAAUGCCAUUGUGUCAGAGGCUGUGGGCAAACAAGACUGGCUUGCUUUACACAAUUUUCUGCACAUAAAUCCAUGAUAUGUGUCCUAUUUUAUUUCCUCCAUGUAAAUUUUUUUAAUAACCUAAAAAUUACUGCAGGUAGAAUAUUUUCAGUGUUAUUCAAAGCCACUAAAAAAAAGUAUAAAAAAAUUAUAAUUUUUUUUUCUUGUGCAGCUAUUUUAAGAAAAAAAUAUUCUUAGAUGAGUUCACUGGCCUUUUAGUUUUCCUUUUUCUUUUUUUUUUAUAUAUAUUUUUAAUUAUUAUUUUUUUUAAGUAUUUGGAAGGUGGAAAACUGCUGAACCGCCAAGAUUUUACUCGUGCUCUUGUUUGCAGGAGUUAUUUGCACUGAAUGCAUCUGAUCAUACAGUAAAUAAGAAUGGAGGACGUUACAGAACUUUGUUUUUUUAUGAUGAUGGGAUUCUGAAUUUUAUACAGAAUAUACCAAAUGUGAUUCUGCCUACAAAUGUUUAUAGCGGUGACCGAGAUGAACAUUUUUAUCUGAGAACGUGAUUUAUACUCUAGAAUCUCUCCUUUGCCCUUCAUAUGACUUUCUAUUGAGCUUCAAGGCUACGACAAAGCACCUCAGUUACUUACCUAUGCAGCUUCAAAGUGUCUACAAAUGCCUACGUAUACAUUGCUAUUUAUGAGCCACAAAUCGGCAUUCUGUGUCCUGACUUUCUGUACUUGUACACAGGAGAGGAUAUUUUUUUUUUUUUAUAUUGUGAAAAUUUAAAAUGUUAAGAAUAAAGGGACUCGCUAACCAUUAACCAUGAAAUUUACAUCUGUCCCCCUUUGAUAAGUCGAUGGGGUGAAUUUCAUGACCAGCUGACUGUGUUUUGUUAUUUACAAUGCUUUGUGAAUUGUAGGUGAACAGGAUAUACAAAAAAUCUCACCGCAGUCCCACAACCUUUUUCUUUCAUUUUAUAAAAUUUCAUAUCAGUGUCUCCCUUAAUUUUUAAAUUGUCUGUAAAAGAAUAUGCAUCUAUCUGUAAAUUAAAUUUGGUGCAUUUUUUUUAUUCAUUUUAUUAGUGUUCUUCAAAGAGCAUGGCACAAAAAUCCAAGUUUCAGCAUUAAGUAAAAAUGAACCACUGUUAAUAACGAAAAAAACAUGUUAUUAAUGUAAUAUAUUUUUGUCCCCCCCACCCCCCUUUGGAACACACCACAGUAUUCCACCACAGUAUAUGUUUAACCUAUGAUCUUUGUGCUGUAGACAUAGAGAAGGGUCUUUAUGAAUCUAGCUUUAAAGAUAAAUAUUUAAAGUUGUGUGUUUUAUACCUAUCCUGUUCACCUGCAGGCAGGAAUUAGUGUAUAUAAUAUAGCAUUUAUAGAGAUCUCCUUUUGUAUGUUUUUUUUUUUUUUUUUUUUUAAUACAGUGGCUCAAGAAGCACACAAAAUCAUGUGUGUAUGUAUGUGUAUGUAUAUAUAUAUAUAUAUAUAUAUAUACACACAUACAUAUACACAAUGUUUUCCUCACGUUAUAUCCAUGUAUGCAUUCUCUGUAUUCUAUGAAUUACUGUAUUUCUUUUAUUUAUAUGUAGCUAAUGUGUUCUUUUCCCUCCUUUCACCAGAUUUGUGUGCUCUUUUAUCUUUGAAUGUGUAAAUAUCAGAUUUGUAAAUAAGGGAUUGUUUGAGGAAAAAAAAAAAAAUUCCGAAUGAUC